GCAGACCGAACGCAACAUCUCCUUCUUCAUGGCAAUCGCAAUCAAUCCCUGUAGAUGACAGGACCGGGAACUACAAUGCACCGCGAAACACGCGCCCAUCUCAACACCCUCAAGCCCCUCAUUCGAGCCUAUGCCUUGGGAUAUCUCACGGUCACCGCGCCCAGGCUCUUUGGCUUCCUGAGGACCCUUGGGCGCACCCGUUUGCACUUCCGAGAGAUUUUCUCUAUUCUCCGCAAGAUUCUCAUCACAUCGACCCAGCUUAAUCGCCUCCCCACCGCCGCAGCCGUCAUUGUGGGCGGAGCAACUGCCCUCCCGCGUUUAUUCCAGGAACUUCUCGAAUGUGUCCUGUCGUCACUCCGCAGGGGCCCAUCUGUGCGUCUCGACAGGAGACUCAUGGCAUGCAUCCGCUUCCUGUGUUCCUUUUGUUCCGCAUGGCUAGCCUUUGCUUUACUCAACCGUGAUGAAACUUGGGUUCGAAAGCGCGCGAUAUCUCGAACCAAUCCGACUACCAAUACCAGUGGUCUAAACACAUCGAGUCUGCAUCAACUGCCUCCGCCAUCAUAUCAUCCUCACUAUGCUGGCAAAACAAUUGAUUUUACAGCAUUUGCCUUCUGUCGAGCGCUGGAUGUCAUGGUGAUAUCUCUUUGGACCCGGACUCGAACUCGAUCAUGGCACGCAGAGCAACGGAACCCCCGACUCUCAAACUUCAUUCGCAAGAUCGCCGAUCCGUCAGUGUUCGCGGGCUCCGCUGCAAUCAUCAUGUGGUCAUGGUUCUACUCGCCCGAGCGACUCCCUCGCUCGUACAAUCACUGGAUCUCGAAAGCGGCAGACAUAGACCCCCGUCUGAUUCAAGCACUGCGGCUAGCUCGACAAGGCAAUUUCGUCUACGGCGAGGAUACAGGGCAAGCGCCGCUCCUUAUCGGUCUCUGUCGGGACCUGAACUUACCUGAAGAAUUGGCCGAUCCCUCCAAGACCAUCCCAAUCCCCUGUGAGUUGUAUCAUUGCGGAACGGGCAAGAGCUGUGAAAUCCAUGCACUUUCCAGGUUCUGGAGAAGUUGGAAAUUUGCAAUGGGGAUAUACCUGCCCCUUCAGCUGCUGACAAUCUUGCGCACGCCGAGACUCAGGUCCCUUCUGAAGGCUUUUCCGGCAGCAGCAAGGUCCUCCUCUUUCCUGGCCGGCUUUGUUGCUUCAUUCUACUACGCAGUCUGCUUGGCUCGAACUCGACUAGGCCCCAAGAUCUUUUCGCGGAAGACAGUAACGCCCCAGAUGUGGGAUUCGGGACUCUGUGUCCUGGCAGGCUGUCUUGCCUGUGGGUGGUCCGUUCUCCUAGAGAAGCCUAGUCGACGACAGGAGAUUGCCUUCUUUGUGGCGCCGAGAGCCCUGGCAACGAUUCUGCCUCGUGUCUACGAUCAGCGGUACCGCCACAGGGAACAAGCAAUUUUUGCCACCAGCGUCGCAAUCGUUUUGACCGCUCUGAACUCGAGCAACGAGCGGAAUGUCCGAGGGGUGCUUGGGAGAAUUUUGGCUGGCAUUCUACAAGACUGAAACGUUGAACGAGGCGCGGUCAGCGUGGCUCAACAGCAAUUCAUAUCGGACAGCCAUAUCGAUCAAUAGUUCCAUAUCGACUCCAUGACGAAGACCUUUGCCAGUUCGUGGUUUGGAUUUGACCAAAGCGAUGGCCAGGGCCGGUCCUCCCUCUCAUCCUCGAGCAUUUUCUCUGCGCUGAGGAAUUGUAAUCUCUGUCGCGUUGCGACAGAGACAGUUCGCCAGAAGUAUUUCGAACAUGAUGGACACAACAGGUUUCCAUUGUAAUCAUCGCGGACAGUUGGUCGACAUGAAAGCACAGUCUCAGGUAGUAUUUCUUCGGGUUGCUACUGGUUCUUCUCAACCCGCGGGCGAUGUGCAAUACCAAAGUGUAGUCGACGAUGUUUGAUAUGCUCAUUUCAGCUAUCUUCCCUCCCUGAGCACAUAAAAGUGAGACAUACAGGGGUUAAGCCUCGCAGGAAUUAUGUCAGCAGCUUCCCGUCUGCAUUCUGCAUGCACGCCCUGAAUCGGCACGCUGGGUUCGGUUGCAACCUUCCAUUACGAAUUUCUUCUAGGCUGCUCAUUUACGACUGCACAGUGAAUUAAAUAACAAGAAGAUAUGUCAAGAUUUAGACAGUUGCAGAUACAGUCC